AUGCAGUCCUUGAAUGUCCUUGACAGGCUCAUCGAAUUCAGAAGCUUUCACCGACCGUCCAGCCAGGUGCGCAAAAUUGGAAGGACCGAAAGAAUUGCUGGAUGCAAUCUCUCUCGAGACACCUCGCAAGAUGUGCCUACAGACCUCUUUGUGGCGUGGGGGAGACAGGCUGAGAUGAGGUACCCCCUUUCGGAGAUGGAAAUUGUGAAGUAUUUUGACAGCAAGUGUAAGGAGAUACUUCUGCAGCUUGAGAGUAAUGAAACUCCAUCAGGAGCUUGCGACCCUGCCAUGGAUGGUGCUGAGCCGGAAGAAAAAGUUACAGGUGCGACAGACGUCUCUGGCCCCAAGAGACAUGAAAACGAACAUGCAGGAGCAUUCCGAAUGCUUUUACCGUCCCGUCUCAACGUGGACAUCUCCACGGAAGUGUUGGAGAUUUUGCAGUCGGCCCAUCGACUUCACCGGACCGAUGCUCCCAUGAAGGUGGCCCUGCGAAGCGGUUGGUUGGAUCCUAGGAAGUUGCCAUCCACGGUACUGUGCCAAAAGGAUCUGGAUGAAAUGGCCAGGAGGCUGUGCUGGAAGAACGUACCUGGACUGGUGCACAUCCCUGGAUCGCCACACCGGGCCCACUUCGGACAAUCGGCGUCCCGACUUUGCAGCGUCACGGUGCAUGUGGGGCGCUAUUUGGAGGGCCUGUGGGACAAAGCCCAAGAUCUGGAUGGUUCCACCGUGUUUGUGGGUCCAGCCGGCUGCGGCAAAACCACAAUUCUCCGAGAUGCGGCCGUAAACAUGUCCAAGGAGCUGCAGGUCCAGGUGGUGGACCUUUUGGGUGAUUUCUCUGACCUCGUGGGAAAUGCCGACCUGGGCUGCCUGACGGGUACAAUGGGUACAGGUGGCGUGGAGAGGAUCCGACAAACCAUUGAUGAACAUGUCCCAGAGGUCAUCAUCGCAGAAUUUCGCGACAAGUAUUCCGCUCUCAAAGCUGGGUUCAUUUGCCGUGAAGCCGGUGUUCGCUUGGUGUGUUCUGUGCGGACCAACCUGCAAUCCUUAGUGGACUCCUUUGUUCAUGUUUACAGUGGCCGACCGGAAGCGCGGGAUGUCGCAUGCUUGACCUUCCCCUUUGCAUCGGUGGUCCUGCUUUCAAGGCAAAGUGAAGACUGGGAGAUUUACCGUGAUGCCCCUGCCGUCAUUUGCAGCAGGGGGCGAAGUCGUUUUCCCAGAUGUGAAUUGCAUCACAGUUCCGACAGUGCUGAAAGUGCGGGAUGUUCUGUGGCUGAGUUCGAAGAAAACCAAGAAACAGGGAGCGCAUGUGUUGCGGCAGAAAAUCAUGUCAGCGACCUCCCAGCUGACAAAGCGAAUGAUGUGCUUGUUUGA